AUGAAUUCCAAAUUAGUACAAAUUAGUUCGUCUCUUCUGUUAAUGUGCUUAUGCAACAGAUACAAUCAACCAAUUUAUGAAGAUCAACCAAUUUAUGAAGAUCAACCAGCUUAUGAAGAUCAACCAGCUUAUGAAGAUCAACCAGCUUAUGAAGAUCAACCAGUUUAUGAAGAUCAACCAGCUUAUGAAACCAAACCAACUUAUGAAACCAAACCAACUUAUGAAACCAAACCAACUUAUGAAACCAAACCAACUUAUGAAACCAAACCAGCUUAUGAAGAUCAAACAUAUAUUGAAUACCCAGUUUCUGACGAUGAAAUAUUUUGUGAAGCACUAGAUGUUUAUGCUAUCUCAUUAGAAAACCCAAAAGAGAAAAAACGUUUGCCAAAAAAUUCACCAUUUGUGAGAGCAUAUAUAACCGUCCCCAAGAACCCAAGGACUGUUGACUUAACACCACCAGAUAACAAACCAACAAUUACAGAAUUCCCAUUUACAACAUCUAUUUCACCACCACCACCACCAAAUUCGAAACGUAGAAUUAGAGAAAGAAAAAUCAAACCUAUAUUUGAACAAUUACCCAAAAUUCCAAAGGAAGAAAAACCUUUUCAUCCAGACACUCGUGAUAUUAAAAGAGAAAUAACCCGUUUGAAUAACCUCUGGAAGAUAAUAGACUACAUGGAUACAGAUGACUCAGACUUGGAUGAUUAUAUAGAUCAUUUUUCUGGUCAAAAUAAGAGGAAAUAA